AUAAUACCAACAACAUAAGUUUAAGAAUCCAAAUUGAAAAUUUUUCACCAUGGAUAGAAAAAUUUUCAUGAGUGUUUAUAAAUAAAUAAAAAUAAAAUUAGUUUUUUAUAUACAUAAAAGAAUUUUUUUUCUCAAAUAAAAUUAUGGAAUAAUUUAAUUAUUUUUGUGUAAUCAAAGUUAACCAAAAUUUAUCUGUCAAAAGCGGAAAUUUAAAAUAUAUGUAAAACAAAAUUAUCAAUAAUAAAAGAAAGCAAAUUGGAAUAAUUAUUAAUUAAAAUCUAAGAUAAAAAAAAAAAACAAAAACAUAAUAUAAUUAAGAAUUAUGUCUUCGGCACUAGCAGUUCCUACUCUGACAAUAACAUCAGUAACAGGAGCUGAUGGCCAUCAAUUACCACCAGGUACAACGCUAUCAUCAAUACCUUCAUCAUCGUCAUCAUCAACAACAUUAAAUAAUAAUAGUAAUAAUAAUACUAGUAAUAAUGGAAAUAAUUCUAAUGGAAAUAGUACAACAUCAAUUGGAAAUAUUAACAAUGGUAAUAGCAGUAGUAAUACUACUAUUAAACAAGAACGACAUGAUGAAGCUGAAAUUGCUGAAAUGGCUGCUAAAAUGCUUGAACAACAAAGAUUAGCAUUAGCAAAACAAGUUGCUCAACAACAACAAAUUGUUAACCGGCAACAGAUGGCAACAGCUGCUUUAUCAUCAAGCCAGCAUAUACCCGGACUACCUGGUAAUCAAACUAAUAUAUUAAAUUAUUUAACAAGAAAACCACCGAAUUCUCAAUUACAAAAUGGUAAUAUUCCAUUUAAUAUAUCAGGAACACCAACUACACCAAAUAUAUCAGGAUUGGGGAGUAGUCAACAGAAUGGUGCCACCUCAUCAUCAACAGUGGCGGCGUCAGCAGCAUCAAAUGGCUCAAAAUCAUCAACAGUAUCAUCAACCGAAAAUAGUGGUAACGUUAAUUCAACUAAUAGCUCAUCUGCAAGUCCAGAUCCAGACAAAAAAGUUUGUAAUGAUGAAGAAUCUCAAAAAGGACAUUUUGGAUGGGCAACAUUUGGAAAAAUUUAUAUACCAUAUGUAACAAGAUCGGGAGAGAAAUAUUGCGCUGUUAGAAUGGUUGAAAUGAAAUUACUAAAUAAAUAUUUAUCUUAUUUGCAUCCAGAUAUUUAUAGUAGUUGUACAUAUGUUCGUAGUUACUUCAUAACAGAGGCUGAAAGUCGUUUAUUAAAUGAAAUUAAUCACAAACAUUGUGAUGCGCAAUUUGGUCGAGAUUUAUUUACAUUAAAAGAUUUAGUGGUACGAUUAAGUGAUGCUACAAAAUUUUAUCAAUUUUUAGAUAUUUGUUAUCGUAAAUUAUUAUCCGGUAGUAAAAGUCCAUCAGAUCGUUGUGGUUUUAUUAGAAUAAAUAAGGAAUCUGUAGUACCAUACACAGUACGAAAUAAUGAACAAGUUGUACCAUUAUUUUAUUUUGAAGGUGAAACUGAUAAUUUAAGACAAAAAGCAGAUUGUUUAUCUGGAUGGGAUUUAGCAUAUUUAAAAUUUUGUUGUAAGGUUCAAGGUAUACGAAAUGAAUUAUUUUCAAGUGAAUCAGUAGCUGUAAUUAGUUUAAAAGAUAUUAAAAGUUAUUUUCCAAAUGGUACUGAAUUUGAAGACUAUUGGCCUAGUAAAGUUGUUGAUUCAAAUUUAUUAAUUGCAUCUAAAAAUCCUGGCAAUUCAGUUAAUUGGACAAGACAACCUUCAGGUCCACCACCAAAAAUAACACAACCUUCUGUUAUCCCAAAUUUAGCAAAACAACAACAAGCACAAAACGCAAAUAAUAUUGCAAAUCAAUUAAGAAAUAAAGCUUAUCAAAAUGCUGCAGCAUUACAAAAUCCUAAUUCAGUGGCAACACAACAGCGAUUGAAUACAGCAUUUGCAGCGCAACAAACUGCAGCAGCAGCAGUACAGGCACUGACAAAUGGUUGGGGUCUUAAUCCAGCCUUAUUAUCGCAAGUAUCACAGGCACAAACCGCUCAGCUGCUGGCUGCGCAGGCACAACAGCAACAAAAUCAAAGAGGUUAUGCUGCUGGACGAAAUCAAACAAUGCAAAAUCUUUUAUCAAAUCGUCAACAAUAUAAUUAUGCAAACGGAUUACAAAUGACUGGUAUGCAACAUCCACAACAACAACAACCACCACCUUUAGUAAGAUCACAAAGUCAAUCUCAUAUGUUGAAUUCUACUGCUAGUACUAGUAUGGCAACUCUACAACGCUCUUUAUCAGCUACCACAAAUACAAUAAACCAAAUUCCUAAUGAAAAUAAUCCUUCCCUUACAACUCCUUUUAAUAAUAUUAGUGAAAAUAAUUCAUUACCUACAAUAAAUCAAAAUCCUGCUUUAAUUUCACCACCAAUUACACCGCAACUUCAGAAACAUCAUUAUGCUUAUAACAACAUCACUGUAAACGGCAUUAAUAAUUAUAACAAUGAUGAUAUAAAUAAUAAAAAUUCACGAAAUAUUUUAAAUAAAAAUAAAAUAGAUAAUAUACCAUCAUUGCUUCCUGUUAGGCGGCAAAAUAAUCAAAAUUAUGUUCUUAAUUAUAAUAGUUCUGGCAAUAGUAGAAGUAGCAGUGCAAGUAGUAGUACUAGCAGUGUUAGCAAUGGUGAUAUUAAUAGUAUAAAUAAUAGUUUUCAUAACAAUGAUAGCAAUUAUAAUAAUUUUAACAAAAAUUAUAAUAAUAACGGUAAUAACAAUUACAAUUAUUAUAGUAAUAAAUGUAUUAAUAAUAAUAAUGAUAAUAACAAUAAUAAUAAUUCAAAUAAAAACAGCAAUAAUAAUGGCAAUGUAGAUCAUUUGCUACAAAACUCUCAUUUAGAUGAACUUGUUCGUAAAGUUUUACUUAAUCCAGCUAUGUCCACUUAUAUAACACAAAAUAUAUCUUCACAUAAUUCAAAUAAAGUGGUGCCAAAGCCACCUCAAAUAAAUACUAAUAAUCAAAGUCAUAGUUUCCCAAAUAAAAGUAGUGGAAACCAAGGUUUAUAUUUUCAAAAUCCAGAAAUUAGCAUAUCUCUUGCAAACCCUAAUAAUUCCAAAGUAUCCCAAUCCCAAAUUAAUCCUGUAUCGCAAACAAGGCAAAAGAGCGUUAUAUGUUCAACCAAUUCUAGUACAAGUAAAGAUUUGCUCUCUCCUGCAUCACAACUAUCAUUACUACAACUAUCUACCAAUACCUCUACAAGUUUAUUAAAUGGAACAAUGGAAGUAACUGAUUUGUCUCCUCCUUCUCGAAGGUCUUUAAAUCCGGCAACAGCGAACCAAUUGCAAGCGCAACAACAGCAACAGCAACAAAGGCAGCAGCAACAACAACAACAAACGUAUAAUCAAUUGCAAAUGCAAGUAAGGCAAAAUGCUAUGGCAGCUGCGAAUACUGUUGCAUUGCAACAACAAUUACUUGCACAACAACAACAACAACGUGCGAGCGCUGCUGUUAAUGCAAUGACAACUGAUCCUCAUAAUCAAAUGCUAAGGAUAAUACCAGAGAUACCAUCAAAUACUCAAUCCCCACCAUAUAAAGUACAGAAAGUUUUAGUUUUCGAUAAUACUAUGAUUUCAUGUAUAAAUAUGAAAGCAUAUAAUGAUACGGAUCAAUUAAUGACUUUAGCCGAUUUUCGUGAACAUUUCUUUCCAAAUGUACAAUUGGACCAUUGUAAGCGCUUAAUUGAAGCUUUAGGAGUUGAAAUGUAUAAAGGAAAUAGGCGGCAAAUUCAAACAUUAAUAGAAAAUGGUAAACCACAUUCCGAGAAUAUUCCAUUAAUUUUAGUUCGUGAUGUAAUUAAGUAUAUGCCACAACUACGAUAUAUGAUGAGAAGUCAAGAGCAACCGCCACAGAAACGUUCACGAAUAAGCUAG